AUGAUAUAAAGAUUCACUUAAAGCUUUAAAGACUCUCUUAAGCAUUAUUGGAGUGUGUAUAAAACAGAUUAAAUUUUACGUAUUUACAACAAAGAGAAAUAUGAUAAGAUUCCUACUAAAUUAAAAACAUUCAAAUAAUAUGAAUACAUUAAAAUAAAUGAAUAUGGACUCCUAUUCCUUAUGAUUAGUGAGCAAAAUAAAGUUGCUAUUGAAAAACUUUUAAGUAAGAUAAAUUAUAAAGAGAAGGUUCUGAAUGAUACUUCAAAUCCAUCAAAAUUAAGUCCUACUACAUUUGCAAUUUUAAACAAUAUUACAGAUAUGUCUUUAUUCCUUUAAUAAUUUGGUGCUAACAUAUUUGCACCAAACGAAGAUGGCAAUACUUUAUUACAUAUUGCUGCCUUUUACCGUAAUUUAGAAGCUGUUAAAUUUGCCCUUGAAAAUAACUCUGAUGUGAACGCUUGUAAUAAAGAUGGUGACACUCCUCUUUUCUAUGCAAUUGUAAAAUAAUCUCCUGAAAUAAUUGAAUAUUUCUUAUCUAAAGGAGCUAAUGAUUUAGUUAAAAAUAAUAAUGGACUUUAUCCAAUUCACGAAGCUACAGUUACUGGUAAUAUAGAAAUAAUUAAAUUAUUUGAAAAGACACUUACAUAAGUUAGAAAUUCAAAACCUGAUUUAGAUCCUAUUCAUCUUGCAGCUUAAUUAGAAUCUACUGAUGUAUUGGAUUAUCUUUUAGAAAAGAAUCCUUCAUUUGUAAAUUUACCUGAUAAUUCUAACUAGCAAACUCCUCUCCACUAUGCUGUUAUUGAAAAAAAAUAUGAGUGUGCAAGAUAUCUUCUAUUAAAAGGAGCAAAGCCAAACAUCUAAGAUAAGUUUGGUAAUACUCCUCUGCAUUUUGCAACUUUAAAUAAAGAUUUAGACAUGUGCUAUAUCUUAGAUGAUUAUGGAUCUGAUGCUAGAAUCAAAAAUAAAGACGGACUUAAUUGUAUUGAUCUCUGUUUUGUUGACAGAGACUAAACUAUGGUUAACUAUUUCAAAGGAUUAAAUAAAUAUUCAAAGGUUUUCCUUGAAACAUAUUAAUGA